UUAUUGGGCCUGUGCUGUGUGGGAUUUGGGUGACGUUAGACCGCCUAUCGAUGUCACGCGGGGAGCCGAUACGGGUUUAAAGCGGGUGUAGCUACCGGCACCCGCAAACAGUCUGACUGUGAGGGCAGCAUGAAACACAUCUGCGUGGUUGCACUGCUACUGACGACCGCUGUCUGUGGACAGCGUCGGUUCCCCGAUGGCUUCAAAUUCGGAGUUGGCACAUCGUCGUACCAGAUCGAAGGAGCCUGGAACGAGGAUGGUAAGGGUGAAUCAAUUUGGGAUCGGCUAACGCACGAAUAUCCGGAGAAGAUCCUCGAUCGUAGCAAUGGAGAUAUUUCUACCGAUAGCUACCACCUGUGGAGGCGUGAUGUGGAGAUGGUAAAGGAGCUCGGGGUAGACAUCUACCGAUUCUCGAUCGCAUGGACGCGCAUCAUGCCGACCGGUAUUAGCAACGAGAUCAACGAGCAAGGCAUCGCGUACUACAACAAUCUGAUCGAUGAGCUGCUGAGCAAUGGGAUCACGCCUAUGGUGACGCUGUACCAUUGGGAUUUGCCGCAGCGCUUGCAAGAGAUGGGCGGCUGGACGAACGAACUGAUCGUCGAUCAUUACGUCGAGUAUGCGCGGGUACUGUUCGAGCGGUUCGGCGAUCGGGUUAAAACGUGGACCACCUUCAACGAACCUUGGCAGACGUGUGAAAACUCGUACUCAAACAACGAGAUGUCGCCCGGAUUCAACUUCGCCGGCAUUCCCGCCUACUAUUGCGCUCACAACCUGCUGAAGUCCCAUGCCGAGGCGGUGCAUCUGUACUGGAACGAGUUUAAACCGACGCAGCAGGGCAUGAUUGGUAUUACGCUGGACUCGAGCUGGUCUGAGCCGGCGACGGAUGCGGAGGAAGACAUUAGAGCUGCCGAGCGAUCGCUACGGUUCAAUCUCGGUUGGUUUGCUAACCCGAUCUUUUCCGAGUCGGGCGACUACCCGCAGGAGAUGCGCGAAACCAUUGCCAAUUUGAGCGCAGCCCAGGGUUUCCCAGUGUCACGGCUGCCCGUCUUCACGCCGGAAGAGAUCGCACGCAUCCGUGGUACGUCCGAGUACUUCGGACUCAACACGUACGCCAGCUCGAUGGUGAAAGCGAACGAUGGUCCGUACGAUCCGGCCGGUGGACCGGCGCACUGGCACGAUACGAACGUGAUCGGAUACUUCGAUCCGAGCUGGCCGGUGGCAGCAUCGCCCUGGCUGAGCAUCGUCCCCUGGGGUAUGCGCAAGCUGCUCAACUGGAUCAGCAAGGAGUACAACAAUCCGCCGAUCUGGGUGACGGAAAACGGUGUGAGUGACUUUGGUGGCACCAAGGACGACGUGCGGAUUGAUUACCUGAACGAGUAUCUGGAUGCGGUGCUGGAUGCGAUCGACGAUGGAUGUGACGUGCGCGGUUACAUUGCGUGGACCUUGAUGGAUAACUUCGAAUGGCGCGCUGGAUACGUUGAAAAGUUUGGCUUUUACUACGUUGAUUUUAAUAGCCCGGAACGUACGCGGUACCCGAAGGCGUCGGCCAAGGUGCUGACGAACAUUGUCCGGACGCGCCAGAUCGAUUACGAUUAUCGUCCGGAGCCGGAUACUUUCAUUCCACCACCAACGCAAGGAAAGCUGUAAGGGACAGGACUUAUUAUGGAAGUGACUAUAAAAUUAUUACGAAAUUAUUGAAUAAAAAAAAUAUUAAAAAAAUA